UUUCGUGUUCAGCCCGACAGUAUACAUCGCUUUUUAUUUGCCUUUCUAUUCUUUGACUCCAUUCUAUUCUAGCCGCUGUUCCUGUGAAACAGAUUUCAUAUGUACAGUUGUUGCUUUAGGAGCUGAUAGCGGUCGACAGCGGCCCUUUUGUCACUCUAGUAGGCACUACGGCGGGCGACCCGACGCCGCUACUCUUUGAUGAUAGGUGCUAAUGGAUUAGAAUGACAACGAACUAGUGGGUAGUUCGUUGCAGGCAUUGCAAGACGUUUAUCUGCCUCGAUAUUGACAACAUUUUGUCAGGACUCCUAUCGCUGUACUUAUUUUCGUUGUUGUUGUUGUUGUUGCUGCUGCUGGAAAGCUGUUAUCGUUGUCUCGUUAGCGUCUUCUUGGCGGCUGUUGUUGUGGCGUUUGCGGCCGCUGGCUAUUGCCUCCGUCCACUCUGCCGUUCCGGCAUUCUACACGCCGCUGGCAGUGUUGUUGCUGCCGUUGUGACGAUUUGGAAGAAGACGAUGACGUGCGGCUGCCUCGCGCCACAUCGGCUGUGACUCGACCGUCUGCCACGUCCGUUCAUCCGUGUGCCGGUAGCGACCGUGGGAACGAGUACUCCGACGCUCGUCUCGGCUGCCGCCCCGCUUCAUUUGCUGUGACGCUGACGAUUGGUGAUUCUCUUUUUGCUCAUCCACCGCAGCGGACCGCGAUGCUGUUUGGCCCAUCUGUAUUAAUUCCUGGCUGUAUCGCUGUACGUCGCCUCUUCUCUGGGGUCGUGUGUGUGUGUGUGUGUGUGUGUGUGCGCGCGUCUGUAUGUAUUUGUGAGCGAGCGUUACGCGUGUGGUUGGUCUGUGUGUGUUUGUUUGUGCGUACGUAUGCUGUAAAUAAGUCAAGAUCUAACUAUGUAUCUGCCGCCGCUGCGGUCUUCACGGCGUCGACUUGCGACUGACUACGCUCUGGUGGUUGUUCUCGAUGUCGUUGCCUCAUCUACGUUAUUUUGAUGCGUACGUUUGUACAGUUAUAUACGUGUCAUAUAUAAAAGGGUAUGUGCACACCGUGAGAGUUUAACUGUAGGUAUCUUUUGCGUCGUCUCCCCGACGAUGCAAACCGACCCAGCGAAAGACGGCGAUCCGAUGGCAGAACAGUCGACAAAAGCCGAUUCACCAGCCAGUGAAGCACUGCGGUGCGUCCGCGGCCCGCUCGAAUCUAUGAAAUGCGCGAAAUCAAUGGCAGCAGCAGCAGCAGCAGCAACGUGGAAGAGUAAGUGAGUGACUGAGUAAGACAAAACGGCAAAAAUUGAACAGAAUGUGUUCGAAGAGUCGAAACCAGUGACGUGUUAUUGCGGCUGAUUAAAGCGCUGUCGUCUGCUUUGAGUCUCGUAACUGUACGCGGUUAUUCUUCGCUGCUUAUGGCUAUUCAGCGAUCAGCCGACGGUGGCAGUGGUGAGACAAGAAACGCUGUUCGCGGUUAGCGUUUACCGUCGACGGGCGACAGAAAGCAGACGGGCGUUUCUCAACGCCGAGUCACACAACGACACGCACAUACAGGCGCCCUUUUCUUCUGUCUCUCCCUUUAUCGCUUAUUCGCUCAUGUGCGUAUCGCACGUCAGAGACAGACUGAACAGAGAUAUGGACGGUAACAGAUCAGACGGCGAGAAGAUCAGAGACGAUCAAGCACUGGCACCGUUGCAUCGCCGCGGAUAGUCAUGGAACAGUGGUGUGAAACAUAUAUACAGCAUCGGCAGGCGACGCAACAACCCACCAAAAGUAUAGAUGGGUUAGGGGAAGACAACACAGAAUAAAGUUAGUUAGUGAUACUGAUAUGUAGAGGGAUUUGUAGAGAGGAGUCAGAUGGACGACAACGGCAGAGUGUUAACACUGUCGAUACUGCAUAGGCGGCUCGUCUCGUAUUGGCUGCCGCCGCUGCUGCUGACGUUGACGCUGCUAUGAGCGGUAGGAAUCGAGGUUCGUAGUGACCCUGCUACCGCGGCUCACUGUUGAUGCCGGCGACAGAAUCAGGCUGCGGCACUUGAGCCCGCUUGAUUAGUCAUCGCGUACUAAUGGCAGCGGUGCUGGCGAUGGUAGCCCAUGGCCCGUGGUCGUGUCCAGCGGCGAUCCGUUAAUUCGCCGUCCACGUUCCCACACUUCUCUCCGUCUUCCCUCUUUCUUCCACAGAGAGAAGAAGACGAAAAGGAGUAACAACAAUAGCGGCGGCAGCAGCAACACGAAAAUCUGUUCGUUUCAUCUGGCUGUGCGUCAAUCUAUCUGCUUACGUGCGCUCAUCUGAAAGCCCGUGAUUGACCGAUGGAUGCCUGCUCGCUCGCUGGCUGGCGUUGGCUCGGCGGGUGGUUGAAGUCUGUAGCAUCAGCGUAAAGGCGGUGCUGCUGAUGACGAUAACAACGUCGACGAUAGCAACGACAUUGAAGACGCUGCAUUGGCAACGUGGCCUGCCGCGCAUACGUGGAAAAUUACUGUUCUUCAUACAAUUAUCACUGAUGCCAACACAAAUAUAGAACGGACAAGCACUAGCAAGGGACGGGCUGGCAGACAGGCACGCACGUAUACACAACACACGAUGUUUCGCAAACACGCCCGCCUAGACGUACACUCAGUGGCGUUCAGAUAACCUAUGCGUGAAUGAAAAUAGGACAGUGUCACUUAGAGUAGAUAGCAGAGGGCAGAUCUAUAGAUCAAUCGACCUAACGGUCCAAAGUCCGAUUUGUUCGGACGCUGCCUAUUUGAGUCAGGUUGUCACAUUGAGACUUACUCAGGCAAGCCACUUAACAUGCCGCCGUGUCAGACACGAGUCAGGGAGCUGCGCAGACUGAACAGAGAAGUUGCCGUUAGAAUAUCGGCAUGAAGUGUCCGUACGUACGUACGUGCGUGUGCAUGUGUGUGUACGGUUCCAUGUAUGGGUCUAUGCAUGUAGCUGUGAGUUUGCGCAACGAGAAUUUAGUAACUGAGUGCCAUCCCUUAUAGCAUUAUGUGUUCAUAUACGGCGUAUCCAUGCGUUUUUAUCUGUGAUGUUUCAUGUUGAGCGUGUGUGUGCGUGCAUGCGUGCGCGCGCGCGCGCGCGCGAGUGAGCCCAAUGGACGAUCGAUCCUGUGCAAUUUUGAGGCGCGGUGGCCUGUUAAUCGCCAGUCGCAUAAUUCUCUCAGGCUCGUUCGCCAUUCAGUUGUCCUAAUAUUCGCUCGCAAUCGUUCUUCGACGCUCGUCGGCGAUCGGCUGACACAACGAACGGGCUGUAAUCGUCAUAGGCAGGCGUCUACGGCAGCAGCAACAACAACGAAGAACGAAGUUGCAGAAGAGGAAGAUCUGGUACGGUUGUGAUUAUUACGAGACGUUGUCGGUCUGUCGCUCAUUUGAUCGUUCGCCGUUCAAACGAGUGGAACAGAACGCAAUUCGACAACAAUCACACACUAACAGACACACAGACUACCGGUGUAAGGAGAAGACCAAAGACGACGAAAUUAUAAGAAGAGUCAACAAGAAUAAAGAACUUCGCUAUGAGGCGGCCGCUGCUGUAGCCGAGACUACUCCAGUCGGUGCUGGUUGAACUGCUGCCGCCGUCGCCGCUGCUACUACUGAUGCCACGGCCACCGCGGCUACUGUCGUUGUGAAGAGCAGAUGGACGCGCGCCACGCAAUCCGCCACCCGCCCGCUCGCUCGCUCGCCGGCCUGCCAGGCGCUAGCUGCUGUGGCCUGCCUGGUUUGCUCGUGCCGUGGGAACCGACUCAACUCUCAUGUCGCAUGUGCAACAUUGACCUCCAGGCACACACACAAGCCAGGCCCGCUUAAUCGAAUGAACCGGUUGGAUCUACUGGCUAUUGGCGUGACAGGGAAGUGUGCUUCGGCUAGAAGCGACGACGUGCCCCCACUUGACGCCAUUGUACCGUCCAACCAGAGUUCAUAUAUCGCCUGGCCGCUUAGCUGACUAUGCGAUUACGCGGGAAAUGGUGAUAAAAAAGCUGGUUCACUUCGGUGGCAGUUUCCCACAGUCAGUCGGACAAUGAAUACACGUGCGGCGUGCGCGGCUGGUGCCGCGUCGGCCGCCCAGGAAAGCGAGUCGGGACGGCGAGUGAGAGAGAAAGAGAAAGAGACACGAUGCGAGAUAGUCGUACAGGCACAAGGAGCAAAGAAGGAUAAACAACGAGAGUACUAGAGCCAUAUAUCGACGAGUAGCCGAGCGAGGCCAGGAGAGGGCGCUUCGAUCAUCGGGCGAGGGUAUAUAAGGAGCGAAGAUCCUCUCCGCGAGCAACACUCGCCACAGAGCAGUAAAACUGUGCGGAUAUACGUUACUAGAUUCGCUAUUGACGCGACUGCUACAACUGUUUUUGUAGACGUUCAAGGGCCUGAACAGCUCCAAGUUUCUACAUAACUAAAAUUACCCGAACUAGUACUACAAGAAUAAGUUUGUGCUUCGGUGUACAAACUUGACGUUGUUCUGUGAUUGUUCGUGGUUGAUUCGUGCGGAGUCAGGCAGACGUUCAGACAACAUGCAUUCAAUGCCACAACAAGCGCCAGUGUCGGGUGAGCGCAAACUGAGCGAGCUUCGACGCACGACGAAGCCCAUCAUGGAAAAGCGCCGUCGUGCUCGAAUCAACAACUCACUCAACGAGCUCAAAAACCUCAUCCUGGAUUACAACAAGACCAAGGAUAGUGCUCGGCACAACAACAAGUUGGAGAAAGCUGACAUCCUCGAAAUGGCUGUCCGUCAUGUGCAGAUGCUCCAUCGUCAGAUGGCCGCGCAGCGCGCGGCCGCCGACCCCAACGUGGCCGACAAGUUUCGCGCUGGUUACCUCGAGUGUGCGUCCGAGGUAUCGCGCUAUCUGUCUCGCGCCGAUGGUGUUGAGCCCUCUGUUCGCCAAUGUCUUGCCAACCACCUCGGCCAGACAUCGCCAGCACCUGCCAGCCCUGCUCAUGUCAUGCCAUCGCCCUCAUCUUCACCCGUAUCUGCCGCCACGUCUCCUCUGCAGACCGCCCAGCCAACCGUAAUCUCUGCUGCGGCCCAGAAGUUCUUCGGUAACCCGAAUGCACCGCUGGUGCCCACCCGUCUGCCAAGUGGGCAAUUUGCUCUUGUUCUCGCUGACGGACAGAACACCGCCCCUCACCACCUCCACCAGCAGCAGCAGCAGCAACAGCAGCAGCAUCACCAGCUAAGCGCUGCGGAGUCCAACCGGAACACGGAGAUCUCUGUCAAUUGCAACACAACGGCGGUAAACGUGCUCGGCUCUUCUGGAAUUCUAUCGCCAGCUGCGUCCGAUCGCGAGUCGGUGUCGCCUCUACCGUUGCUCACCUCUGUAUCGCCGGUUAGCCCAUCUCCUGUCAAAAUGGAGCUGGCCAUUGAUGAAUCCGUCUGGAGACCCUGGUAGAAAAUUCGUGCUAGUUUUUGCUCUAUUGAUUUAAAAUAACGGCAACGUUAGCAGCAAGCUACUCGUUAAAUCUGCGCAAUAACUUAAUCGAACAGAUCGAUCAACAGAGCAGACCACGUACGCGACACGAAGCGGACGAAUCCAGCUUGAUUGGCUUAGCCGAUCUCAGUUUCUGUGAUAACCACCAUGAGGCCUUUAUUUAUUGUAAAGUAUUGUAAUUGACGAGAGAGCAAGAGAGAAAGAAAAGAUACGAAACUAUAAAAGAGCAAAAGGUAUAUCACGCACAAUAUCCUGUUGACGGGCUAUAUGCGUGACACAAAUAAACGAACGACCCUGCCCCCAGUGGGCGUAUUGCAAACCUAA